GAGCUCUCCUCCCUCCGCUUGCUUGCUGUUGAGCACGCGCGCUCUGAUCCUUCUGCCUCUCCCCCUCUUCGGUCUGUCUUCCUCCCGCCCUCCCUCUUUCGCUUCAGUUUGUCGCUGACCCCGCAGCCCCUUUCCUGGCAGCGGCAGCUCAGCCUGCGGGUCCGCCUCCUUCACAGGCGCUGCCCAGUCUCCCGCUGCCCCGAACCAGACCGGACAUCCCCGCGUUCUGCCUGCCAAGCUGCUGGUGUCCAGCUACCUGGUCUGAGCAUCAGGUCCCAGUGCAAAAAGGUGUGUAGAGCCUGGGAGGGGAUGCAGGAGCCUUCAUCCAGGAGAGACAUACUGGGAAGAUAUGCACAACAAUGGGCCCAGGAAUCAGGAGCUGAGGGCACCCCUUGCUGCAUGUUGUAAAUAUUUGAUUUGAGGGGUGCUAAGAAGGUGCUCAGAGGAAUCUUGUGGCUCCCCAGGCCUGCGGUCUUCAAGCCCCCCUGGGCCAUCAGCAGAAGAGCAGGAACCCCUGAACUGCGGUAGUUAUAGAUCGGCUGGCUGGCAGAAGACCAAGCUUGUAAUUCACCUCAAGGUGAUAGUGGGCUCGGAAGCAGGGGGGCAGUGCAGCAACCCAUACCCUACCUGUCAGCAGGAGCUACGAGGGGAAGGGCUUGGCCUUUGCCUUCCCACAGCUAUGGACUGACAAGUGGUGCGUGCUGAGGGGCUCUCUCUCUCCAGAGCUGCAGACAGUGUGGGCUUCACCAUGCUGGCACCAGGCGGUGGCCCAGAGCAGAGGAACAAACUUGUCCUGCAGUGGAGGCAGGUCUCCUGGAUCACCUGCUGGAUUGCCCUGUGUGCUGUGGAGGUGCUCCCUGCCUGCCCUUUCUCCUGCACAUGUGACAGUCGCAGCCUGGAGGUGGACUGCAGUGGCCUGGGCCUCACCACUGUACCCCCGGAUGUGCCCGCUGCCACCCAAAGCCUUUUGCUCCUCAACAAUAAGCUGAGUGCCCUGCCAAGCUGGGCAUUCGCCAACCUGUCCAACCUGCAGCGGCUGGACCUGUCCAACAACUUUCUGGACCAGCUCCCCGGGUCCAUUUUCGAGGACCUGGUCAAUCUGACAGAGCUCCAGCUUCGGAAUAACAGCAUCAGGACCCUGGACAGAGACCUGCUCCAGCACUCCCCGCUACUUCGACAUCUGGAUUUGUCUAUCAACGGCUUGGCCCAGCUGCCCCUGGGGCUUUUUGAUGGGCUCCUGGCUCUGCGAUCCUUGUCCCUUCGCUCCAACCGUCUGCAGAGCCUGGACCGGCUAACGUUUGAGCCCCUGGCAAGCCUGCAGCUGCUUCAGGUUGGGGACAACCCGUGGGAGUGUGACUGCAACCUUCGAGAGUUCAAACACUGGCUCGAGUGGUUCUCCUACAGAGGGGGACGUCUGGACCAGCUUGCCUGUACCCUACCCAAGGAGCUAAGGGGGAAGGACAUGCGUGCGGUCCCCAUGGAGAUGUUUAACUACUGUUCCCAGCUAGAGGAUGAGAACAACUCUGCUGGGCUGGAUGCUCCAGGGCCACCAUGCACCAAGGCCAGCCCAGAGCCUCCUAAACCUAAGCCUGGGGCUGAGCCUGAGCUUGAGCCCAGCACUGCCUGCCCUCAGAAGCAGAGGUACCGGCCCGUGAGUGUGCGACGAGCCAUCGGCACAGUGAUCAUUGCCGGAGUCGUGUGUGGCAUCGUCUGCAUCAUGAUGGUGGUGGCUGCUGCCUAUGGCUGCAUCUAUGCUUCCCUCAUGGCCAAGUACCACCGGGAGCUCAAGAAACGCCAGCCGCUGAUGGGGGACCCCGAGGGUGAGCAGGAAGAUCAGAAGCAGAUCUCUUCUGUGGCAUGAGAGCUGUCUGUCUGGCCCAGGUAGGACAGCAAGGAGACUCCAUGGGACUGCUACCAAAAGGGCUGCCCUUCCCUCCAUCACAGGCCCUGUCUCAGCCUGACACUGGUACUGCCUCCCUCAGCUCCCUGGUCCAAAUCUCUUUCCAAGUUUCCCAGAAGCUUCCCUCGGGCCAAAAAUUCCCAUGGAAGGCCUUCUCUGGGCCUCUUGUCUUUGGAACACCUGAGCCUUCCUGUGGGCUUCUGGCCAUAGGGAGGAAAGAUCCUACACUAGAGACAUCAUCUGCACCAGGCACUUCCCUCCUGCCCUGGGCUACCACAGCUGGUGACUCUCCCUACCUCUAGCUUAUUCCCACUUCAGUCUGCAUUAGAGACUGGGAGGGAGGGACAGGAGACCCAGAGGUAGAUUCUGUGACUCCUUUCAAAGCCAGGAAGAUAUUCUUGAGUCUUCACAAUACAAAGCUUGUCCAGCUCUUAGCAGCUGGUGCCAAUGUGUAAACACCCCAGCCCUGUGAUCUGGGUCCAAGGCUUAGAAAAACCAAAGUGACUAUAAUGUCCCCUUUGGGUGGAUGUCAUUAUGUACUUUAUUUGCUAUAGACCCCUCUGACUACAUUGCUCCAGGUUUACGGAUUCUACCCAUACUUUUUGUUCUUGCGUGAGGUUUGGAGGCAGGGCCUUACUCUAUACACGAAUUCACUGUCAGACAUAGGGCAUCACUGUUAAUGGUCCCACAGAUCAAAGUCGUGCAUGCGCACACACACACACACACACACACAC